AGAUGACGUUUGCUAGGGAUGACAAUGGGAUAGGAAUGUCCAGGGAAACCCACCAAGGGCUUGACCUUUCAAAAGCUGGUCCCCCAAACACCCUGUUGGGAUCACCCUACUCUGAAUGCUUUGCAUCCACCUAUAACUACCUCUAUUUUUCCUUCUUUGUGAUGGAUCUUGGAAAAUGAGUAGGAGUUCUCCAGACAACAGUGAGAACUUUCAAACUCUGAUUACCAUGUAUCUUUCAGCCUCAGUUUUUGGGAUUAAGACAUUCUGCAUGCUUUGCUCCAGACAACUUACCAUUCCCACAUAUUCCAUUCUCUGUUAUAUCUCCAUGCCCUUCUACAAGAUGGUUUUUUCUGCCUGCAAUGCCCCUACCCUUUCAUUCUCUAGGAUAUGGCUCUCCUGUGGUGGUGACUCAUCCGCGGCCAGCUGUUUAGAGGGCGAGAAAGGACUUCAUCUGAGUGAAAUGUACGCAGGAAGAUGGAGAGCAGUCACACAGUCCCACUGCAGAACUUGGCUUUGCUGGUCUUAGAAACGAGGGAGGAGGAGAAAUGACAACCAAUCAUCUGCGAGAACACUGAUACAUCAGCUGAUGCCCACAACAACCCUGUGUGGUAGAUAUUUUUAUGUCCUUUUGAAAGCCUGGGAAACCGGAACUCUGCGAGGUGAAGCAAUUUGCCACCCUCCACCCCACUGCAGAGCAAUAAGUGACAUAUUUAGAUUUGAGUCUUGCCCGUCCAGUGCUGAAGUCCAUGGUCCUUUCAUCAAACGACGAAAUCUUCCUGGUGGCUUUCCUGGUCCUGGGUUCUGCCUUCUUUCUGGAGGUCAGCCCUUCCAUCUGGAGGUUUUACUUCUGGCUCUGCAAGAUGAAGAGCUUCUACUUUGAGCUUCCCUCCUACCCUUCACCCUCAUCGUGAGCUACAGCGGUGGUUUUCAACCAAAAAAGAGCCUAGGGACAUCUUUGAUUGUCACAAAAGGGCAGGAGUUAGCAAGUGGAAGAGACGUGCUUUGACAACAGUUGGGGGAAAGAAGGUGUCAUGCUGAAAUCUUCCACAUAGCCCUCCAGACCCGCUCUCCAUCCCUCUUCACCCUGCUCCUGCCGCAGAAGACUGGACCGUGUGGACCACGCCAAGGUUCAACUGGGAGACCCCCUCACACACAGGUGAAGGCGUGGCCGUGGAACCUCAGACCCCCGGUCUCCUCAGAAAUGAAGGUCAUUGCCGUCCUCCUCCUCCUCUUCUCCUGCUUGGCAGCCCCCACCCACAGCAGCUUCUGGCAGUUUCAGAGGAUGGUCAAACACAUCACGGGGCGGAGUGCCUUCUUCUCAUAUUACGGAUAUGGCUGCUACUGUGGGCUUGGGGGCAAAGGGGUCCCUGUGGAUGACACUGACAGAUGCUGCCAGGCACAUGACUGUUGCUACGAGAAGCUGAAGGAGUCGAGCUGCCAGCCUGUGUUGAACGGCUACCAGUUCCACAUCGUCAAUGGCACAGUGGUGUGUGGAUGCACCCUUGGUCCUGGUGCCGGCUGCCACUGCGGGCUGAAGGCCUGUGAAUGUGACAAGCAAUCUGUGCACUGCUUCAAAGAGAGCCUGCCUACCUAUGAGAAAAACUUCAAGCAGUUCUCCAGCCGGCCCAGGUGUGGCAGACGUAAGCCCCGGUGCUAGGGGCACCACAGGGUCCUCCUCGUCAUCCAGCAUCUGCUCUAGUGUUGCUCUUCCAGGAAGCCUUCUCAGAUCAUCCCCGACAGGCCCCUGUUCUUCCCCUGGGAGGGAGGACAAAAUAUCUCCUGCAGGGCAGCUCACCAUUCAGCAUUCUGACCAAGGGGACUCCUCAGCAUCGGAGGACUGGAGAGCAGAAAUGGGAAAGACGAGAUCCCUGCCCUGCAGGAGCUGGCAUUCUGUGGAGCGGGGAGGACUGCAAAUGCGUGAAUAUAGAAGUACGAGACACAUUAGACCAUAGUAAGUGCUAUGAUGUAGUAAAACAAAGGGACAGGAUAGGGAUGCACCCGACCCCACAUCCCAGGGUUUCCAAGAGGGGAGAGGCCCCAGGAUCUACCCCAAACUCUCUCUUCACCCCAACUGCAAACCAGGACGCGGAGCAGACUUGAACGCCAGGCCCACACCCAGCUCUAGCUGGGAACAAAGCCACCACUUUCCUUGCCUCCCUGUGUCCUUACUUUUUAUGAUGUCAUUCUUAGCUUUUCUUAUCAAGAGGCAGAAUCUGUUUUCCCCACCCUGAGAAUCUGAACUGGUCUUGUGGGUUAGUUCGGUCAACAGAAUGUUGUGGGAGGGAUGGUUUACCAGUUUUGAGCUGGGCCUCAGGAGGUCUAGGGCACGUCUACUCUCUCUUAGGAUAGCUGCCCCCACCCUGCGAAAAAGCCUGGGCUAGCCUGCUGGAGGAUGACAGCCCACCUGGAUCAGUUGUCUCAGCUGAUUUCAGACACGUGAGAGAGAGCUCAGUGAGACUCAGCUUGUAGCUGACUACAAAUGCAUGAGGGAACCUGGCUAAGACCAAAACAACUGUCCAGCUGAGCCCAGGCUAAACUGCCAGCGUGCGGAAUUGUGAGCUAAAUAAAGGCUGCUCUUCUAA